AUGAACUUCAGGUUGUCUCAACUAGAUCACGAUGGCUUCCCAACCUCAGUGAAGGAGUCGUAUGCCCACCCUUAUGACCAGGUGACAGAGGAACCUUGCUCUGAGCCACGCACCUCCUACAGAUGCACCCGUCACAGGAUCACCUAUAAGACAGCAUACAGACAGGCGGUGAAGAUGGACUACCGCCGGAGGUACCAGUGUUGCCCUGGCUACUACGAGAGCAGAGACAAAUGUGUCCCCCGCUGUACUAAGGAGUGUGUCCAUGGGAGAUGUGUUGCUCCAGACCGCUGCCAGUGUGAAGGAGGCUGGCGUGGCGACGACUGUUCCAGUGCCUGCGAUGACAAACACUGGGGUCCAGGUUGUGGUCAGCUGUGUAAGUGUGAGAACGGUGGCCUGUGCAAUCCUGUGACCGGUACCUGCCAGUGUCCUCCAGGCUACAUUGGGCGCCGCUGCGAGGACCCCUGCCCACCAGGCACCUUUGGCAAGGGCUGUCUUCAGAAGUGCCAGUGUGGAACUGGGGGUUCCUGCGAUAAAGUGACCGGAGAGUGCCUGUGUCGAGAAAAUUUCACUGGGACACUGUGCUGUGAGAAGGCAUGCCCAAAGAGUCGAUGCCCACUGCGAUGCCCGUGCCAGAACGGGGGCAUUUGCCAGGGGAAGGGGAUCUGUGCGUGCCCCCCUGGGUGGACGGGUGAGGUGUGUACAGAGCGCUGUGCAGAGGGCAGGUUUGGUCCUAACUGUGCCCAAGAGUGUGUGUGUCACAACCGGGGCCACUGCAACCCUGAGACAGGCCAGUGCCAGUGUGCUGAAGGCUUCACUGGAAACAGGUGCAGUGAGGAGUGUCAGGUGGGUAGUUAUGGGCGGGACUGUAAGGGUGCGUGUGACUGUGCCAACGGGGCUCGUUGCUAUAACAUCGACGGAGGCUGUCUGUGUGAGCCUGGCUUCAGAGGACCCCAGUGCAGAGAGAGAAUGUGUAGGCACGGCACCUACGGCCUUCACUGUGAACACACCUGCCUCUGCCACGACACACACACACUCAGCUGUCACCCACUGAAAGGCGAGUGCACGUGCCAGCCAGGCUGGGCGGGGCUUUACUGCAACGAGACCUGCGCCCGUGGUUACUACGGCCAUGGUUGCCUGGAGCCCUGCCUGUGUGUCAACGGAGGGGUGUGUGACAGUGUGAGCGGGCGCUGCCACUGUGCCCCUGGGUACACGGGUGCUCACUGUGAGAGUCCCUGUAAGAGUGGUACCUAUGGGAAGAACUGUUCUCUGGAGUGCUCCUGCUCCAACUCAGUGGACUGCUCUCCCAUUGAUGGGACCUGCUUCUGCAAAGAGGGCUGGCGAGGGCGGUACUGCUCCAUACCCUGUUCUAAGGACACCUGGGGCCUGGGCUGCAACGCCACGUGCCAGUGCGCCAAUGGGGCUUUGUGUAACCCAGCAGACGGAUCCUGCACUUGCUCUCCAGGCUGGCAGGGGCCCCUGUGCGACCAACCAUGCCCCAUGGGCACGUUCGGGCCAGGCUGCCUGAAGAGGUGUGACUGCCUCAACGCAGACGGCUGCCAGGGUGCCAGCGGGCAGUGCCAGUGUCUGCCAGGGUGGACUGGUGCUCGCUGUGCCCAGACAUGCCCAGAGGGUACAUGGGGACGUCACUGUAAUCAGAGCUGCUUCUGUCAGAACAGCGCCACCUGUCUGCCACACAGCGGUGCCUGCGUUUGUCGCCAAGGUUACUGGGGACCCACCUGUCAGCAUAUGUGCAGUGCGGGUGUGUAUGGUGACCAGUGCAGUAUAACAUGCCCGUCCUGUGCCCACUCCUCCUCCUGCCACCAUGUCACAGGCCAGUGUGUGUGUACCCCCGGGUACACUGGAGCCCUUUGUGAACAAGCCUGUCCAGUGGGUCUCUAUGGUAAGCAGUGUACUGGAGUGUGUAGAUGUGCCCACAACUCAACGUGCAACCAUCAGGAUGGGUCCUGCCUCUGCCCCCCAGGAUGGACAGGCCCUGACUGUACUCUACAAUGCCAUCCUGGGAUGUUUGGCCUUAACUGUGCCCAAGUCUGCUCCUGCCCACCCAACUUCUACUGUGACCCACAGACAGGGGAGUGUGUGUGUGAAUCAGGACCAGGGACCGACUGCAAAAAAGAACGCUUUGUGAGUAUGAUGGUGCCCGUGUCCCCGGGGGAGAGGGACUCGUGGGGGGCCAUCGCGGGUAUCGUGGUGCUGGUCAUCCUGGUGGUGCUGCUGCUGGCCCUGCUACUGCUCUACCGCCGCCGGCAGAAAGACAAGCAAGCCAACACACCGACAGUCUCCUUCUCCACCUCACGCACCGUCAACUCCGAAUACGCAAUACCAGAUGUUCCUCACAGCUACCACCACUACUACAACCCCAGCUACCACACACUGACUGGGGGCAGACCCCCUCUACCACACGUCCCCAACAACCAGGACCGCGCCAUCAAAGCAAGUGUCAUUACCGUCACCUCGGCCUCGAGUCAACUCUGUUACACCCCUGUCCUUUAUACUGGAUAUACUUGUUUGAGAGGAGCUGAAUGAUUUCUGAUUGGUUAAUAUCGGUGUCUUUCAAACAGAACACCAAUAACCAGCUCUUCUGUAACGUGAAGAACAUGGAGAGGGAGAGAGGGCGAGGCCUGUUUGGGGUGGAGAGCAAUGCCACUUUGCCUGCAGACUGGAAACACCAUGAAGCUCGCAAAGAACCAGGAGCUUUCGGCAUUGACCGCAGUUAUAGCUACAGUGCCAGCCUUGGGAAAUAUUACAACAAAGUGACAGAGCUGAAGGACACUGUGGUGGCAGCUAGCAGCAGUUCUCUGAAUAGUGAGAACCCCUACGCCACCAUUAAAGACCUGGUCGGCUUGCCCUUCAGCCCUCCUGAGAGCAGUUACAUGGAGAUGAGGACGACCGUGCCCCGUGACAGGUCCUACACGGAGAUUAGCCCUCCACCAUUCAGCACAGCAACAUUACGCAGAGAGCGCAGUUCCCUUGGGCAGGUCCCGGAGCAGGAGCCCCAGAAUCACUAUGACCUACCUGUGAACAGCCACAUCCCAGGACACUACGACCUGCCACCUGUCCGCCGCCCACCCUCUCCCACAUGCAGGAGACUGCCCCAAUGACACCAUUCCUACUCUGAACAUCACAAUCAGAAGAAAAACUUUCCUGCCAUUCAAAAACAUUGGUAGGAAAUUGUCUUGGGGUUAUUCAAGGCUACAAAACAGUCAGUUGCACCAGUGACAGUCAGGGCAACCUGACAAAGACAUUAUGCCGAUGCUUCUGUCAGUGGGUUUACAUAGUAGCACUGCCCCCUGGUGGAUUAAAGUGGCAUUUUCUCCACCUUAACUUGUGAUCCAGACUCGAGGGCCAAGGCAUGCAGGGAUAGGCUUUGAGGAUGCCAGUAUCACAGUCCGAGGGCAUACAUGCAUAUAUUUGAGUUUGACCUAACUUGGGAUUCCUUCAAAUGUUAUUUUCAUACUGCAGAUGAAGGGACUUGGAGCACAUGAUUUGGCAUACAAAGCUUUUGACCAGAAUUGCAUAAACCGGGACAGCAAUCAAAAUACAUUUUUAUAUCUCCAUGAUGUCAGUAGUUCAGUACAAUGUCCUCUCAAACCCCUUUUCCAAUUCGGGGAAAUCCAGAGCACAUUUGUACAGCUAGCGCCUCAAUGUUUUUCAAUGUAAUAUGUUGUAUAUAAUGUACAUAAAAUGGCAGAACAUUGUAUACACUUGUUCAGAAGUAUUUUGUACUCCAGUAGCUACUUAAUCUAAUAUCACACAUCAAUCCACAGAUACAAUUUUAUUAAGAAGUCAACCACAAGACAGCAUGUGUUGGGAAAAUAAUUUUACUGGUCUCGAACA